GCGCGUGCGAUCUAUCUACGUUCCCUGCGUGAGCACAGCGGACGGAAUCAGGCACGCGCACACGCUCACGAGGAGGAGAGAACCGUUGAGCCAGGUAUAAGUUAGCGCACGCCAGUCUGCCGCUCUGUGACGUGACAUUUCUCGUGGAGUCCGGACGUGAUCUUCUUCUUGUUCCCAGCACUCAGCAAGCACAACCAUGGCCACCGAGCUUUCUAGAGACGAGAUCGAAGAGAUCCGUGACGUGUUCGAGCUGUACGAUUUCUGGGAUGGCCGUGACGGUGAGGUGGACGCCUUCAAGACCGGACACAUGCUGUACUGCCUGGGCAUGAACCCCACACAGGAGAUCAUCCGCAAAAACGGCGGCACUGAGAAGAUGGGCGAGAAGGCCUACAAGCUUGAGGAGUUCCUCCCCAUCUACUCCGCUGUGUCCAAGGAAAAGGAUACCGGAACCUUCAACGACUUCAACGAGGCUUUCAAGACUUUCGACAGGGAGGGACAGGGAUUCAUCUCUGCUGCCGAGAUGAGACACGUCUUGACAUGCCUGGGUGAGAAGCUGAAGGACGAGGAAGUCGAUGACAUCAUCAAGGCCACAGACACCAGGGAGGAUCUUGAGGGAAACAUCAAAUUCUCAGAUUUCAUCGCCAAGGUGCUCAAAGGACCAUACGAGUAAACUUUGGGAAAUCCUUUUCCCGUCAGCCAGUCAGAAUCUACCACGUCAGAGCACUCCACUUCCUUGUUUGUUACGUCAUCACUUCAUGCUGACCCCUGCCACCUCAACCAAUCAACGUGGAAUGCCAAAUUAGUCUUUAUUUUAAAGUUCCCGAAUCUUUUUUCAGUUAUACACGUCUGUCACUGAAUGAGAAGGUGUAUGGAGUUAGGGUUAUUGUUAGUCAAUCGAAAAAGCAUUAUUUUCUCCACAAAUUAAUUUCUUCCCUUUGCUUUUUCCUUCAGUGUCUUAAGAAGUCAGCAUGUUGGGUGAGGUUUUAUGCGUGAGCGUCAGAGCGAUUCUUCCAAUGUCUGUUUGCUGUUUUUUUUAUUAUUUUUUUUUAAAGUAAAGAAUGUUGAUUGGAUCACAAGUGUUUGUGAUAUUUGUUUGUCUUGUUUACAAUUUUCGUUCCCCAUCGUUGGCGUUUGUAAAUACUGAAUUUCAAGAUUAAAGAAAAAGACUUGGUCUGGAAGAUUUAGUUGUUUUGAACGCUGGCUAUCGUGUGUAAGAAAUAAGAUGCCAUCUUACACUCCCUUGAAGCAUCAUAGGGUUCGAAUCAGUAAUUUUGAUUUGAAGAAAAAAACAGAGAGAUUUGAUUCAGCGUCAUCCCCUCAUAUUCAAGAUCCACCGAUUCUUAAUAUUUUUUUUCUAGAGCUUUCCACAAGUUGUCAAUACGACACACGCGGUAUAAAUAAAUAUAGACAAGCAAAUUACGCAUGGCUGCAAAGAUCUGCUUUCCCCAAGUAUACUCUACCUACAAUAUAUUGAGUAGAUUCCAUCAGUGCAAAAGUCUGAGAUCACCUUACGUGGCUUUGAGGAUUACGCUAUUUAUAGAAACUCACAAGAACAUCAGCCAAGAAUGUGACGUAAUAAAGUAAGAGCACAUAACUCUAAGAUCAUCUGCUAAGUGAGCUGGGACAGUUUGUAAAAUGGCGACCACCUGCCAGAGUUAUCCUCUCUUGUCACCCUGUGACCUUUGACUCUUGACACUCUCAUUAACUUUUGUAGCCGUGUGUGCUUGGAUUGACGAAUAAAAUACCUGUGGAAAAAAGCUCAAAA